AUCACGGUGCUUUUGUUUUGAAAAUAUGACGAACUGUUAUCUGUUGCGUUUAUGCUGACAUCACACAUCCGGUCUGCAUGUUGUACUUCCGCCAGGCUCACCGCUUAUUUUGAAAAUAAUAAUGGCGCUAAAAGAAGACCGCACGGAGCCAGCAAAUUGCGUUCUGGCGUCUGAUUUUGAGUGUAGGGUUAAAUUUAAAUCUAGAGAGAUCGUAGAUUGUCAGUUGAAGAAGUACAAAGCUUUAUUGAAUAUCCUCUUUAAUGAUCAGAGUCACAUUCCUGAAGGCAUCAAAACAGAUCUCGUACAGGAACUCAUGACGACAUUCGAUUCCACGGUUGAGCAGAAUUCCUCAAUAGAUGGGUUUUCAAGUGAAGACGUUUUCUUUGAAAAUGGUGAUGCCAUUACAAUGGAUGAUCUGUUGGAUGACAAAAUUGUCGACACAACCAGCAAACGUCGUUGUUAUCCCAUGAGGAUUGUGCCUUUUGUUUUGAGGUCUUUGAAGGCUGAGCGGGAACAGAUGGAGAUGUAUGAACAUGUCAUUAACCAGGACAAAGUAGAACCACAGACCUCUCAAGAUGACAUCAUGAAGAAUGUUCUCGGCCAAGCAGCUACACACUAUAAGGAAACAAUUGCUGUGAUGAAGUCAUUUGAGGAGGUUUGUGAGAGAGCAGAAGGUCUGCAUCAGGUGUUGAGCAUGCAGCCCUCAUCAUCCAAGACUUCAGAGAUCUGAAGAAUCCACAGCUGUUGAAAAGACAAGACUGAUCGCCCCAACUGGGAUACAGCCACUAGUCCAGUAGUUCCCAAACUGGGGGCCGGGACCCCUAUGGGGAUCGUUGGGGUAUUGCGGGGGGGGUCGCAGAGUGAAGGGAAUGUUUGCAUAAAACCUUGAAUAUAUGCUUCAUGAAAUAACCAUUCCAUAAAUUGGUUAGUAACUGUUUCCACUUGUAUGUUAAUACAUUAAGUUACUUCUACAGUAAAUUUCUGCAAAAUUUAAGAGACAAAGAAAUGUUGGCAUUUAGAAAUGUAUUGGAGGUGGGUCACAAGGAGGUGGGUCCCAGCAGAAAAGGAUUUUGAAAGUAUCUUGGACUAUCCAUCUGCUAACAGCUCCCCAUUCACCAUUCAUGAGGUAUAUCAACAAUUCAUCGAUUAAUUGACGUAAAUCCAUCAAUGUGUUAAUCGAUUAAAAAAAACUAAUCGACUGACGAGAGACCUAGGUGAAAUGGGCAUGUGAAGAGGGGUGUGAAUAGAAAGAACAUUUAAAUCCACUUUGAAUUAAAGAAUAUAAGAAGAAUUAACUUAAAUGUUGCAUUUUAUCUACAUUUUUUUUUUUUUUUUUUAAAUUUAAUAGUCUUCAUUCGGGAAACAUUUAGAAUUCAGGAGGAAAAUUAAUCAAUUAAUCGUAAGUCGAUCGAUAAGGUCAAUCAAUUUAAAAAUUAUGAAUUAAUCGAUAAUUUGCAUCCCUGCCAUUCAUUCAUGACUAGUUGCUUUUUAUAUCCAUGUCCUAAAUCUACUGUCUGCUAUGGAAACUCAUUCCGUUCACUUAUAUUCUGUUGAGCAUUUAAAGCCGUCUGUUGUGUGUUUCUUUGUCUAUGUCCAUGUCACUGUACCUUUGUCCAUGUCCAUGAGCUGAAUCUACAAUCUGCUUUCCUAUGCUGUUUUAUCGGGUAUUAACUUGAUAAAAAAUUAAAAAAAAUAAAGGUUACUUUGGAGCCUCGAUCA